GUAGCAUGCGCUGUCGGUCAGCUUUGAUUUGUGGAGUUCGCAGGAGGGAUACUCGCACAAUGCUCUUGGUUCAUUUCCGGCUCUUCUGGCGCUGCUUUUCAAAAGACCAGGUCGAAACCGAAAGUGACGUGGCCCCAGUGACGUUGCACUGAGUAAAAUUAAGAACAUCAGAAGCUAAAUCAACCAUGCUACCAAGGAGGAAAGCUCGACGGACCAACAGGACGCAGACUUCAGCCUCAGUAAGCACCGGGGAUACAAAGGGAUCAGAUGUGAAACAGACCACACAAACAUUAACAAACAUUUCCACUCCAGUGUCACCCUCCACCCCAUUCUUCCCGGAGUUGGAGGAGUGGAGGAAGGGGAAGUCGCUGAAGCAGUGUCACGAAUACAUGCUGACCAAUCAGGUGGCCUGUGAUGUGUUCUUCUCUGUAGGAGUGAAUGAGGACAGGUAUGGAGCACACAAAUACAAGCUCCUGGCAGUGUCCGAUGUGUUUUAUGUAAUGCUGCUUGGGCCUAUGGCAGAACAUGACAGUACCAUCAAAAUCCCAGACAUCGACCUUGGUACUUUCAAAGCCUUUUUAAGGUACGUGUACACAGAGGAGCUGGAUGUGACACAUGACACAGUCAUGCAGAUGAUGUAUGUGGCCCAGAAGUACAAUGUAGAGCCACUGCUAACAGCCAUCGUUGCCUACAUUGAUGCCCAGAUGUCCAUCGAAAGUGCCUGUGUUGUCAUGGAGCAGGCCCAUCUCUUCAACGUACCUGUGCUGGAGACCAAAGCCCUGGAGUUCAUUGAAGACCAUGCCACCAGUGUGUUGGAAUCUAAAGAAGUGACGGCACUGUGUGCUGGUUGUUUGAAGAAAGUUGUGUCCUCCGAUAAUUUACAUGUGAGACUCGGUGUCAGGAGGGAAUUACGGGAAGCGGAACAGAAAACAGAAGCAGCCGAUUUGGAGAAGUCUGUGUUGACAGCUGUCAUGACGUGGGCAACUCACCAGUGUGUUAAAAACAAGGUCAAGGUGACAGGGAAGAACCAGCGGAAGGUCCUCGGGACAUUCUAUGGGAAGUUCGCUUCUCACAGCUCCGACCAAACUAUUUAGUGGCAGAGGUGUCCAAAAUGAAAAUUUUGUCCUUAGAAGAGAGAUGCAUGAUCCUUGAACAUGUUGUUGCACCGCCAAAUAAGGCAAAGUCCAAACUUUGUAACAUGAAACGUAGAGGUCCACAUGAAAACAUCCGCACUGUGCACCGAUUCCGAAGCACAUCUGAAGAGACAUGCAUUGAGAAUGACUGUUACCAUGCUGUGUCCUUCAAAACAAAUGAAGACUUGUAUCUACAUGGCUUCUGUCUGUUUGGGACCAGCACAGGCAAAACAUGCUUGUACGACAUCCGCUCUCUAGUGUACAAAGACAAGGAGGUGAUUUGUGAAUUAAACACCAAAGUCCUCGACAAAAUUGAUGACCUUGAUAUCUGGAUGGAAAGGAAAGGUGUUCAUAGACGUACCAACGAAGAAGUGUUCCGUGUGUAUUUUCGGAGAAAGUUGCUGAUUCAGAAGGACACUAUGCACACCUUGUAUGUUGAUCUUAUGGGUCUGCAGUCUUACACUGGUGUGGGAGGACGUUCUGAGGUCUGUUUUUACUCAGAUAGUCUUGUAGAGAUCAGAUUCCAUGAUGCUCCAGAUUUAAACCAUACAUCCAAGUCCCAAACUGACUCUGUCAGAGGACAGAUUCCAUCCUUGCUGAUCUCUCUCAUUCCAAGUACAAAACAAGGAACAUUAAAGUAACCAUGGUAACAGACUUGAUUCAUUCUAUGGUGAACAUGAGUGAUUAAUGAUUACGUCUGUUGCCAUAGUAACGAGGGGUUGGUUUUUAACCAUCACUGUAGUUGUUACCAUGCCAUUCCUUGACAACAAUGAACACCAGCUAUCACUGUUGUUCUUAUGUUCAUUCCUUGUCAAUUCACAGAAGUGUUGAACUGAUGGACGUGAAAUCUGUUGCCAUGGUCAGUAAGGAUCUUUGGUAGAGAUUUAGUGGUAUAGAUUUGAGGUAUAUUUAGAGAUUAAUAUUUCAGUUCAGGUUAUCAGUGAAAACUAUUUGUACCCUAUCCAAGUACUGUGUUUUAAGGACAAUUUAGCUGGUUUAACCAAAUCUCACCACUUUUGAGGGUUGAUUAAGUCCUGAGCCUUAUAGGGAAGGAAAAAGUGAAAUAUUCUGUUGAUGGAAUGUCCACGUAUAAUUUAUCAUUAAUAUAUCAGAGUUAUCUCCCUUCCUUUAUUCAGCAGUUAAUCAUGUUAAAUAUUAUUUAUUAGGUGGUGGCACCAUAAACUGCUGUUGGCAAGAAGAUCAUACUUCUUAUUAUGGUUUAUUGAAUUUAAUGAAAUAUAGAACAUUGUUUCUUGGUGCAAAGUAAAUUAUACAUAAACAGUCACUCUGUUGUCUGGAAUAUGCAGGGCAGUUUUGGACAUGACACAAGUGGUAUGAUGAGUUCUGUCUAUACAGAGAAGUAGGUUUGCUGGAUGUCGUAGCUACACACUGUCACUUGAUCCAUGGACAUGAUGCUUGAUACUUUGCCUGAUUACAAGUAGCGCUGGCUGAAAAGAUUGGUAAUCAGAAAUAUCAUCGAUAGGAAUCGUUAUAAAUGAUUAUCAAUAUGAAACUAACCGUAAUGUGUAACCGAUAAUAUCACACAUGAACUAUUGUGAUGAAAUAAUUGUUAAAUUUACUCAGAAAAUACACACAAAGUUUCUUCAUUUGUGGGCUGCUCCUAGGUAUGUUCAGGACGACGUUUUGUUGGUCAUCCAAGCCUGCAUAUGUCACCGCUCACCUACUGACGUGAAAUGUGUUGAUUUCUUUCAUACUUUCUAGUCACUAUGACUCAAAGGCACUUCUUCGUUAUUUAUUGAUGAUCAAUCAAUAUUGAUUUAACGAUGAUUGAUCUUGAUGAUGUAUACUGAUAGCCAGCCCUAGUUACCAGUAGUGCUUGUUGUGUAGUCACACUUGGUAAAUACUGUGUCUGUAGUCUGUUGGAGAGUUUGUCUGCCCCAGAGUGUGUAAGGUUGGUGGUUUGAUUCCUGGCUGAGGCACACUGGAAGAUGUUAAAAGAAGGUACUUGUUGUUUCCCUGCGUGAGAUGGCGCUCCCCAUAAAGGGAACAAAACAAGCACCGGUCAGUUCGGAAUGAAGAUCCAGGUUAGAAUUGGUGUUCAGCUACCCAUGCUUGUCGUAAGAGGCGACUAACUGGAUCGGGUGGUCAGGUUCGGCUGACUUGGUUGACUGAUGUCAUGAUAUCCUAACUGCACAGAUUGAUGCUCAUACUGUUGAUCACUUGAUUGUCUGGUCCAGAUUUGAUUAUGUAUAGAUCACCGCCAUAUACCCGGUAGCUGGAAUAAUACUGAAUGUGGCCUUAAACAAGCAAACAGUUCAGUCAGCAUUUUGUUGGGUGUCCAUGUUAAACUGUAUUUCAGUUUGUUAACCACACAAAUACUCAUUACUAUAAUGAACCAGUACCAUUGAUCGCAGUGUUAAUCCCCAUUAAACCUCAUCUCAUCUCACUUGAUAAACAGACCAUUUGGGCUUGUUCUUAGUUUCAUCUGUGACCUAUGCAAUUAUUCAUAUUAUCAGUGUAUGUUCUAAUCCUCAUUUUGAUAUCAAUACAAGGAAUAAAGUAUUUCAAUAGUGA